CUUCCUCCCAGGGUGCCUGAGGAAAAUAAAGGGCUUUAUCUGAGGCAGCUAGAUCAGCGAAAGGGAAAACGAAGUCCCAGUCUCUGGUCGGCUUCCAGGUGCUUGCACCGCCACUCAUCCUGCCCAUACUCCUUCCAUUGUCCCUAAUCUGAUUCAUCAUGCCUCGAGGUCUGAAGAAUAAGUUCCUUGCCCGUGAGAAACGCCAGCAGGCUCAAAGUGAUCCUCAGGAUUUUGAGGAUUUUGAAGAAGCAGCAGCAGCAGCAGCAGCAGCAGCAACAACAGCAGAAGGGUUCUCUUCUCUCCACAAUCCACCUGGUACUGAGUCACGGAGCAGUCCCCAGGAUCCUGAGAAAGCACAAUCUACCACCACUACUUCUGCAGGUGUUUCUUGCACUACAUCUGAUAAAGUUUCUAAUAGCCAAAAGGAGGAAGGGAAAAGCACUUCUGAGGCCACACUCUCCACUGAUGAUUCCUGUGAAGAUCCUCUAACUGGAAAGGUUGGGUUGUUGGAGCAGUUCCUCCUCUACAAGUAUGAAAUGAAGCAGCGUAUUACUAAGGAAGAUAUGCUGAAAGUUGUCAACCAGAAGUACAAAAAUGAGUUUGCUGAAAUCUUCAAGAGAGCCUGUGAGCAUCUUGCAGAUGUCUUUGCAGUUGAUGUGAGGGAAGUUGACUCAACCAAUCACUCAUACAACCUUGUCAGCAAGCUGAAACUCCCCAACAAUGGGAGGAUUCGUGCUGGGAGGGGAUUACCCAAGGCCGGUCUCCUGAUGAAUGUCCUGGGUAUGAUCUUCAUGAAGGGUGACUGCGCCUCUGAGGAAGACAUCUGGAGAUUCCUGAAGAUGAUGCAUGUAUAUCCUGGGAAGAAGCAUUUCAUCUAUGGAGAGCCCAAGAAGCUCAUCACCAAAGAUUUGGUGAGGCUAAAAUACCUGGUAUACCGGCAGGUGGUCAACAGUGAUCCUCCACGCCAUGAAUUCCUGUGGGGUCCCCGAGCUCAUGCUGAAACCAGCAAGAUGCAAGUCUUGGAGUUUUUGGCUAAGAUUAAUGAGACCGCUCCUAGUUUCUUCCCAACUCUUUAUGAAGAGGCUUUGAAAGAUGAGAAAGAAAGAUCCCAAACCACGGAUGCAACCAAGCCUGAAACUACUGCCAAAGCUAGUGAAGUUCCCAAGGCCUCAUGUCCAGCAGCUUCUCUCACACCUGUUGAAGUUUGAGUCAUUUUCAUCAUCCAGAUAAUAAAAUAUGACAUCACAAUAGGGGUUUUCUUGAAAAUAUAAGUGGGCUAACAGACUUCAGGAAAAAAAAAAAUUAAAACCUCAUCAAUCUUGGUGUUG